AGCUUGUGCAUGUUUGACGCAGUCCCAUGGCGGAGAUGGGACAGCCAUGAGUGAGGAGGUGCUGCAGCGCGUGGAGCAGUUGCGGAAAGAGAACUUGCGGCUGCGAGCGCAAUGCGCAGACAAGGAGUUUGAAUCCGGGCAGCUGGAGAAGCAGCUGAGGCGCCUGGAGCGAAAGAUUGCGGCCUUUGAUGCUCCAGCGAGGAGCUUGGCGAAAGGCUUCUUGAAGAGCGAUACAAAGGAUGUCGCGGAGGCCAACAGCGGCAGCGCAAAGCCGCCGCCAAGGCCCAAGCUCAACGCCGCAAGCCGGACAGGCUACCCCAGUGGCAUCAUCAUCGAUGGCGUCACGGGUGAGGAGGUCGACCCCAAGAGCUGGCAGGAGCCCGAGGCCCUCAGCGCGAACGGCCUCCCGGCGCUGCGGCUGAUGCACGCCAUGCGGAGUCCGCCGGAGCUGAACGCGGAGUUCGACACGGAACGAUACGCAAAGCUCUUAGGUGAAGGUAAACAGGCAGAAGCCGAGGCACUAAUCCAAGCGGAAGGUGGUCCCACCUUAAAGCAGAUGCAGCAAGAGCCAUUGGAAGUGCUAAGGCAGUGUCCCGAGCUGGACGUGAAUUGGAGCGACCCCGCAAUGCACGGAUGUUCGCUGUUGCAGUAUGCUUGCUCCAUGGGCUAUGAGGACGUGACCCAGGAACUCCUUCAGCGUCGCGCCGAUGCGUCGCACCAGAGCCACCAAGGGGUGUCCUGUCUGGCCACGGCCUUAGCUCACAGUUGGCCCAGUUGCGGCGCUCAGUUGCUGGCCGCCAGAGCGGAUGCCAACGAAAAGGCAGAUCCCACGGGCAAGCAGACCUUGCUGAUGUGGGCCUCGCGGAUUGACUAUGUCGACAAGGAUGGCCGCGAUGUGCCAAGUCCUUUGGUGUCGCUGCUAUUGACCCAUCGCGCCGACGUCCAUGCGGCGGACGCACGUGGCAAGACGCCCCUGAUGCAUACAGAGAAAAUCGCAAGAACCACAUCAGCUCUUUUUGGCAUCCCAAAGAUGUCUAGACCUGCUGCCAUCGACAAGUAUGGCAAGCUGGGCGAUAUGGCCUUCAAUCGCAUGGAAAAGGUCAAUGCAGAUCUCUUUGUGUUGACCUAUGGUUCCUUGGUCACUCAGCUCUUGCGCGACAUCGAAGAUGUGGACGCGGUGAACGCGCAGCUAGAGAAGAUGGGUUACAACAUCGGGCUCCGGUUGAUUGACGAGUUCCUCAGCAAGAGCGGCAUCAACGCCUGUCAGGACUUUCGGGAUACCUGCGAGGUGAUUGCGAAGGUCGGAGGAUGA